UAUCCAAAAAGGAAUAUAAAAUGAAUGUGAAUUAUAUUCUUUCUUCCCUUUUGUUUUUUUCAAUUCACCAAAAGUUAAAGUAAUAUCUGAACAGUAGCUUAUCAUGACUUUGGCUAUCGAUUUGUUAAACCCCACUAUUGAACUUGAAAAACGCUCUCAUAAACUCAAAAGGCUCGUGCAAUCCCCUGAUUCCUAUUUUAUGGACGUCAAAUGCCUUGCUUGUUUUAAUAUUAGUACUGCUUUCAGUCAUGCCCAAACGGUAGUUUUAUGUUCUGCUUGUGGUACAGUUCUUUGUCAACCCACUGGUGGCCGCGCACGUUUAAGUGAUGGUUGUUUCUUUCGUAGAAAAGCCAAUUAGAUACCAACAGUUUUUAAACCCACCAAUUCAUAAAAGCUUCAGCCAUUGCUAGAUCUGUAUAAAUAGUCUGCUGCGUUUCAUAUCCCCCUAGGCAUUUCUCUGUAUAUGUACACUGUGUGUAUUAGCCAUUUAUCAAAAUAAAAUUUGACUCUGAACUGUAUUGAUAAAUAAAUUUAAACCACCUC